UGAAUAUAUUGCCUGCCUUUUUAUUUUGGUUUUGAAUAGGGAGGGUUUUAUUAGAGAGACAUAGAGAAAGGAACAUUAGGGAGGGAGUGCAGAAUCAAAAAUGGCUCUAGAGACGGUGGAGGGUGGCGGACUAAUCAUACUGUUGCUUUGGUCUUUGACCUCACUCACCAACUUAUACACCAUGGAUGUCCAUGACAGGUUUCGAACCGAAUCUCAUUCCCAGGCUACAGGCUGUUUUAAUGAGUGUUUCUUAUUAUCACUUGCAUCGUGCAAAGCAUGUGUGGUUAUGGAUGAUGAACUGAAUAUUCUACCAAUUUCAUCUCACAUAAGGUCAAUUACCCCAGUUUCAGUUAAAGAGGACUCUGAAGGGAUAUCAGAGUCAGAAAGGGAAUUGAAGGAUCUAAAAGAACAACUAAGUGAUGCCUGCCCUGUCGGCCCUUUAAUAAAGAAAUGUUGCACGCUUGACCAGGGUAAUGCUGUUGCUACAUUUCUAGAUGCAAUAUUGGAUAAGGCACUCCGUACUGUUGCCUUGCGUGCUGCUUGUGGCCGUGGGAAGUCAGCUGCACUUUGCUAUUGCUGCAGAGUAAUUGCAGGGUAUUCAAAUAUCUUUGUAAUUGCACUGAACCCCGAGAACUUAAAGACCUUGUUCGAAUUUGUUUACAAGGGUUUGGAUGCAUUGGAUUAUAAGGUGAAGUAUCUCUCUAUUCCCAUGGGUGGCAAAGAUAGGCAAAUGAUUGUCAGAGACAGGGGCAAGAGCAAUCACAUAGUGGCACUCAAAGUCCUCUUCAAGAACCAGUUGCAACAAUCUCAGGUUGAGCAUCAGCUUCGCCCGGAAGUUGAAAUACAAAGUCAUCUUUGCCAUCCCAAUAUUCUACGUCUUUAUGGCUACUUUUAUGAUCAGGGUGAACUCAAGAUAGCAGAUUUGGGGUGGUCAGUGCAUACAUUCAAUCACAGUCGAACCAUGUGUGGCACCCUUGAUUACCCGACUCCUGAGAUGGGUAUGUUAAAAGACAAGAAAUAG